UCCCAUAUCUCCUCUCCCACCUACAACCUAAAAAAAAAAAAAAAAAAUCCAUUAAUUUUUGCUAUUCUUUCUGCUUUGCUUUUUGAGCUCUCCAUGCCACUUCUUCCUUUUUCUAGGGAUUUAAAAAUUCCAAUCAAUAGCUACUGAUCGAGAAAAUUAACCCCCAAAAAAAGAAAAAGAAAAAAAAGAGAGAUUGAGGAUGGCACUAGAUACUGUUGUUUUCCCACAAGAUCCAUUCACUUACAACGGAGGGAAAGAUCUCUACAACUUGCUGGGAUUGAAUUGGAACAACAACUACGAUUUCAGUUUAGGAAAAGAAGAUGAUCAAUCGUUGGAUUUUCUCAGCAACCAAACAGAGUUAACUAAUUAUGGAGAGUGGAGCAGUACUUCCUCAACUCCUAAUUCCAUGCUACCUCAUUUCAACGAAGUUCUACACCUCUCCAAUAUUCCUCCUUCCUCCGAUAACAACAUUAACCCUACCAAUGAUUCUUCAGAAUCAUCCCAACAACAACAACAGUUCGAAUCUUCCACAUCAGCAGCAGCUCGUCCAAAACGUCGCCGUUCCAAGAGCCGAAAGAACAAGGAGGAGAUUGAGAACCAGCGAAUGACUCACAUUGCCGUCGAACGCAAUCGAAGAAAACAGAUGAACGAGUACCUCGCCGUCCUCCGAUCUCUAAUGCCUGAUUCUUACGUUCAAAGGGGUGAUCAGGCAUCGAUAAUUGGGGGUGCGAUUAAUUUUGUGAAGGAGCUAGAGCAACAAGUUCAAUUUCUUGGAUCUCAGAAAGAAAUAAACGACAAUUCAGAUGGUGGAGGUGGUGGAGGAUCGGUUUGUCGUUCGAUGCCUUUCUCUGAAUUCUUUACAUUUCCACAGUACUCGACGAGUUCGACUCACUGUGAGAACUCAGUUGCCAUGGUUGAACCAUUGGGUGAGAACAAGUCCGCCAUUGCUGACGUGGAGGUCACCAUGGUUGAGAGCCAUGCAAAUCUUAAGAUAAGAUCCAAGAGACGGUCCAAACAGCUUCUCAAGAUUGUUUCUGGUCUUCAUACUUUGCGCCUCUCCAUUCUUCAUCUUAAUGUCACCACUGCUGAUGAAACUGCCCUCUAUUCUCUCAGUGUCAAGGUAGAAGAUGACUGCAAGUUGAACUCUGUGGAUGAAAUUGCAGGAGCUGUUUAUCAGAUGUUAGCUAGAAUUCAAGAAGAAGCAAUGUUGAAUAAUUGAAAAAUUUGAUCCAAUUUUAAAAUGGGAUAAUCUUUUCUUUUACUUAUCUUUUCUCUCUUUUUUUUUAUUAAAAAAAAAAAAAAAAAAAAACUUCAUACACCUGCAUUAUGUGGGUGCUUUUUUCCUUUUUGCUUUUAGGGAUGUACCAAAUUUAUUGCAAUCAAUGUUUUCUUUCAUUUA